CACCCUCCCUUUUCCAAUUUACCGUCCAACCGUCCAGAGUUGUCACACUCUGUGCACGUCCUGUGGUGGUGAACACACUCACUGGGGACUUUUUGAGACAGAUUGAGGGGGCCCAAAGGGAGCAGAGUGAGUGUACCUGGGAGAGACCUGUAUUGUUUUGGAGUGUAUUUUUUUUAUGUUUUCUGCGACAACAAUGGAGUACUGCUUCUUGAAAGGAUUGCUAGUGGUUUUGUUGAUGCAACACAGCACAGCUGAAGAUCUAUCUACCUCCAUCCAAUCAUCCACAGCCGUCACCCUCCAAGAAGGCCAGACCUUGCCUCAGGAACAAGAGCUGCCCCCUGCAGAGGUGGUACCCGUGGUGGCCCCCCCUAGCCUGAAGGAGGUGCAGCAGGCGGUGCAGGAGGCCUCGGAGCAGGUGGAGGGUCGCGGGGCGGAGGAAGUGCUGAAGGAGCUGCUGGAGAGGGUCGUGGAGGCAGCUCUGGGGCAGGUUGAGGGUGGAGGUGAAGCCAAGGCGGGCGAGGCACCAGAGCAGGAAGCAGUAGAGGAGGAAAAGCCUGAGGCUGCAAAGGGAGAUGCUGAAACUGACACAGGGGCAGAGGUGUUGGAGCAGGGAGUCGUGGAAGAGGUGGAGGGUGAGGAUGUGGGCGGCAAGGGGGGAGAAACUGGCGUUGAAGAAGUGCAGGAGGUAGCAGAGGUAGACUCGUUUAAGGAUGAAGCUGAGGUGGCAAAAGGUGUUAUCGAAGGAGAGGUUGAGACUGUGGCUGAAUCUGUUGGGGAGGUAGCAGCAGGUGUACAAGCCGGAGACAGUGAAGGGCAGGGAGUGGAGGUUAUUAAUGAGACUCCAGACACCAAAGUCAGUCAGGACGUUGUGGAAGAAGCCUUGGCUGCUUCGGUAGAGACAGGUGGGAAUUUUGUUGGAGAUGCAGGGUUGGUAGAAAACGGAGCAGCUGAAACUGAAACACAGGAGGUGGAGGAACUUCCAGCUGCGGUGGAAGUGGCCGUUGAGGGAGAGCCAGAGCAGGAGACUUUGGUAGAGUCGGAUCUGGGCCUGGCGGAGCAAACAGGGGAAGUAGAAACUCAGGAGGGAGAAACUCAGGCGGAUGACAUCGAAGGCGAGGGGAACGUCCCGUCGUCAGAUAGUUCCGAGAUGGAGACGACGCAAACCGUUGUAGGGGAGCCAGUAGAAGAGGAGGAAGGGGUAAACGUAGUAAAGGACACUGUGGAACCAGAGGUAGAGGACGGACAAGGACAUGUGGCGGUGGAGGGAGCGGCCGAAGAGAUGGAACCAGAGGGCGCAGGAGCGGUACAAUCAGAGGGGGGUGAACAAGUUGUGAUAAAGGAGGAUUCUGUUUUGAUAAAUGAGGGGGUGGGUGACCAACUAACAGGAGAAGAGGAGAUUGCUUUGGAGACCUCAGACGGCAGUCAAACAGAGGACAGAGAAGCGCUGGUGAUCUCUGCCCCAGAGCCUGAAAGUGGUGCUGACGUCUCCGUAGAGCAGAGACCUGAGGGCCAGGCUCCCACCCAGAGUCCAUCACUUGGAGAGGUGGAGACCGGAGGAAAUACCCUCGGCGAUCAGAAAUCUGACCAUGGCAACAAGAUUAUCACCCCGACUGAUGAAGCUCUGCCAAAUGACCCCGAGGUGGCCCGGCCGACACUAGAUCACUUUGUUAAGGAUGUGGCUGAACCCGCUCAGGCAGAAGUCGAGGAACCAGGGCAGGCCAAUGAACUCGUGGAAGAUUCAGCUGGAUCCACAGAGACGACUGAGCUUGGCCUGGAGGCUUGGAAGAUUGGGGCCAUUUCUGCUGCAGUUUUCCUGGUUUUGGAGACUGUUAUCAUCAUUAUCUAUAUCCUGAAACGUCGAAACAAAAACAGUGCCCUGGCCCUGCAGCGAGCAUGUGAGGAGGGCUGCGUCGAGCCAGAGGCGGCUACAGGAGGCGACUGCAGUGACGACACGCUCCCCACGGGCAAUGGGGACACUCAACAGAUAGCCGCACUUGACCCGUCUGAUGUGGCUUCAACUCUGGCCCAAAACAAAGAGCAGCACAAAGAAGAGCAUGCGAUAUCCAUGUCCGAUCUCCCGCCCAGCUCCACCGAGGAGUCGCCCGCCACCACUGGACCCGGUCCAGACUCCCCUCAAGACCUCAGGACUUCCACUCUCUAGGGGGUCCAAACUGUGGUCGCUUGUUCCUAAUGUAUCUAAAUAAAACUGAAAAAAAUGCCACUUUCCAUGAACUACCCUUCAUUUUCAAACUCUAACCAACCUGACACAACUUCUGACUUUAAUAACAACUGUAUAGGUAACACAUCUGUUUGGAGGUGUUUGUUUGUCAGAGUGUAUGUGUGACGGUGUGUGUAUGUGUUGAAGAAGUGUUCAUUAACUGCUGAGAACUCAUGUGUGAAUGAAGAACAGGAAGAGCAUGUUUUAAAAUACACUUUGCAUGUACAGUAUGUUAGUUUUUGUGUGAAUGAGAUAAAAAAAAAAUAAAAAAAACAUGUGAUAAGAAACUUUUAUGUCUACAAACUUUUUAAGGUUAAA